AUGCCUUCCUCGUACGACUCCUCCACAUCUUCCAUCGAGAUCACCGGUGUCACCUCAACCAAGGGCGACGCCAACAUGGAUGGCUGCGCCGCACUGCCGCGCGCCGCCGCGCUCUCGGGUCCCGUCGCCGAACGCUACGCCUCGUCGCUCCGCACCCAGCGCGUGGUCGACGCCCUGUGCAAGAAGCACGGCAUCCCAACGGCUUACACCGCGCAACUGGCUCGCCACCGGCGCGCCUGCACGCCGCCUCCGGAGAGGUCCGUGUGCGUGUACGCGCACGCGCUGGAGGCCGGGAUGCGAGUGCCGCUGCCCGGCUUCUUCUCCGACGUGCUCACCCACUUCGGCCUCGCGCCGAGCCAGCUCGCGCCCAACGGGUGGCGCAUCCUGUCGGGCUUCGUCGUGCUCUGCCACCGCGCCGGCGUGGCACCGUCGCUCGCCGUGUUCCGCCAUUUCUUCCUGCUGGUCAAGUUCAAGCUCAGGGGCUGGUACUUCUUUCGGGGCAAGGACGCCGCGGGGACGCUCUUCGCUGGGCUGCCCAAGUCCAACAAGAAGUGGAAGGACAAGUUCUUCUUUCUGACGUCGCCGGAGCCAUGGACGUGCCCUGUGCGCUGGGACGGGCCGCCGUCCAAGGCCUCCCUCGGUGAUCCGGUGCUCACAAGCCAGGAAGAAAAAUCGGUGGCAAAAUUGCUAGCCGCAAGCGGCAGUGCGGUUGAUCUCCGGACUUGCCUCUCCGAGACCAGCCUUGCCGCUGCCUUCUCCUCCUUCCUGGCCGGUGAAUCACAACCGCCACAGGCUUCGGUUCGCUCUACUUCUACUGGUGCCAAAGGUAAACGCGCUCACGAUCUCCAUGGUCCGAGUUGUGUGCUAGACUUAGGGACGGAUCAGCCCGCGAAGGUGAAAACAGAGCCGGGCAGCCGUGCGCCGGCACUAUCAGGGAAGAAGAGGAGCCGGGAGGAGGCCAACUCAAACGGCGAACCCUGCCAUUCUGAGAUGAGCUCGCUGCCUGCCGAUCCCAGCAGUUCGGCGACCGGCUUGGGUGUCCCGCCGGGCUUCGACCCGAAGCCGCGGCACUCGCCCGUACAAGUCACACCGGCGGUCGACAGCACCGGCGGGGAGGCUGCGCGGAAGUUCCCAUCGACCUACGAAUCAAUGCUCCAGACCGUGAGCUACGCGUCCUCCUAUGCGCUGGAGCUAGAGAAGAAGUUAGCUGAGCAUGUCGCGUCGAAGGCGGAGCUGGAGAAGAAGCUGGUUGUGCGGGACGCGGAGCUUGUCUCUCUGCGGGGGCAGCUAAAGCACGGCAAUUCGGUGCCUGAAAACGCUGAGUUUGCAGCGGCAGUGAAACAGCUUCUUGGGUCUGAAGAACACGCAAUGCGCCGCGCGGAGCACUCGCUGGAGGUGUACAAAAACUGGAAGGGUAGGUACGCAGCAAGGAGGACAUGA